AAAUGAUAGGGAUAUCUGUGCAGAAGGUGCGAAGGAAGCUCUGACCCCCUCCCUCCCCCAAAUCUUCCCCUUCCCAAAUGAAAUGCACAGUUCAGGCAGCUUCUUAACUACACUACACUCCUGCUACUGGCUGCCAAGAGGCUCAAAAAAUCCACCUUCACUUUUCAGUCAGAAGAGGCAGAAGUGGAUGUGAGAGAAAGAGAGACACAGAGAGACAGAGAGCCAAAGAGGGCAAGAGACUUGACUUUAAGAGACUCCUGUACUGACAACUCCAUGCAGUUCGGAACCAGAACGACUCCGGCUGAACCAGGGUUCAUGGGGACAUGGCAAAACGCUGAUACUAACCUCUUAUUCAGAAUGUCCCAACAGGCCAUCCGUUGCACGUUGGUAAACUGCACAUGUGAAUGUUUUCAGCCGGGGAAGAUUAACCUGAGGACUUGCGAUCAGUGUAAACAUGGCUGGGUGGCACAUGCCUUGGAUAAGCUCAGCACGCAGCACCUGUACCACCCCACCCAAGUGGAGAUUGUGCAGUCCAACGUGGUGUUUGACAUCAGCAGCCUGAUGCUCUACGGGACACAGGCAGUGCCUGUGCGGCUAAAGAUUCUGCUGGACCGGCUCUUCAGUGUCCUGAAGCAAGAGGAAGUGCUGCACAUACUGCAUGGCCUGGGCUGGACUCUGAGGGACUACGUCCGGGGAUACAUCCUUCAGGAUGCUGCCGGCAAGGUGCUGGACCGCUGGGCCAUCAUGUCUCGAGAAGAGGAAAUCAUCACCCUUCAGCAGUUUCUGCGGUUUGGAGAAACCAAAUCCAUUGUGGAGCUGAUGGCAAUUCAGGAGAAAGAAGGGCAGGCCGUGGCUGUACCAUCUUCAAAGACAGACUCAGAUAUAAGGACUUUCAUUGAGAGCAAUAAUCGCACCAGGAGUCCCAGCCUCCUUGCUCACUUAGAGAACAGCAAUCCUUCCAGCAUUCAUCACUUCGAAAACAUCCCCAACAGCCUUGCAUUUCUGCUUCCAUUCCAGUACAUAAACCCUGUCUCAGCCCCUCUGCUAGGGUUGCCUCCAAACGGGCUACUUCUAGAGCAACCAGGACUGAGGCUGCGGGAACCAAGCCUUUCAACCCAGAAUGAAUAUAAUGAGAGCAGCGAGUCUGAAGUGUCUCCCACACCUUAUAAGAAUGAUCAGACACCAAAUAGAAAUGCCCUGACCAGCAUCACCAAUGUGGAGCCCAAAACCGAGCCAGCCUGUGUCUCCCCCAUUCAGAAUUCUGCCCCAGUCAGUGAUCUCACCAAAACUGAACACCCAAAAAGCUCAUUCCGGAUUCACCGGAUGAGAAGGAUGGGGUCGGCCUCCAGGAAGGGAAGAGUGUUCUGUAAUGCAUGUGGGAAGACUUUCUAUGACAAAGGUACUCUCAAAAUUCAUUAUAAUGCUGUCCAUCUGAAGAUCAAACAUCGAUGCACCAUCGAAGGCUGCAACAUGGUCUUUAGCUCCCUCCGAAGCCGAAAUCGGCACAGUGCAAACCCCAACCCUCGCCUUCACAUGCCUAUGUUACGAAAUAACCGAGACAAAGAUUUAAUUCGGGCCACAUCAGGAGCUGCCACCCCCGUCAUAGCGAGUACGAAAUCAAAUCUCACACUCACGAGUCCUGGGCGGCCCCCAAUGGGUUUUACCACUCCCCCACUAGACCCCGUCUUACAGAAUCCUCUCCCUAGCCAGCUGGUAUUUUCUGGGCUAAAGACUGUACAGCCUGUUCCUCCAUUUUAUAGAAGUUUACUCACUCCAGGGGAAAUGGUGAGUCCUCCAACCUCCCUCCCAACCAGUCCCAUCAUUCCAACCAGUGGUACCAUAGAGCAGCACCCCCCACCACCUUCUGAGCCAGUAGUGCCAGCAGUGAUGAUGGCCACCAUUGAGCCUAGUGCCGACCUGGCACCCAAGAAAAAGCCCAGGAAGUCAAGCAUGCCUGUAAAGAUUGAGAAGGAAAUAAUCGAUACCGCUGAUGAGUUUGAUGACGAAGAUGAUGACCCCAACGAUGGAGGAGCUGUGGUCAAUGACAUGAGCCAUGACAAUCAUUGCCACUCCCAAGAGGAGAUGAGCCCAGGCAUGUCUGUGAAGGACUUUUCUAAGCAUAACAGGACCAGGUGCAUUUCAAGGACUGAAAUAAGAAGGGCUGACAGCAUGACUUCUGAGGACCAGGAGCCUGAGCGGGACUAUGAGAACGAGUCUGAGUCUUCAGAGCCCAAACUGGGUGAGGAAUCCAUGGAAGGGGAAGAGCACAUUCACAGUGAGGUGAGUGAAAAAGUCCUGAUGAGCAGUGAGAGACCUGAUGAGAACCACAGUGAACCCUCUCACCAGGAUGUCAUCAAGGUGAAGGAAGAAUUCACAGAUCCCACUUAUGACAUGUUUUACAUGAGCCAGUAUGGACUGUACAACGGUGGCGGGGCUAGCAUGGCUGCCCUACACGAAAGUUUUGCAUCGUCCCUGAAUUAUGCCAGUCCUCAAAAGUUCUCCCCAGAAGGUGACCUGUGUUCUAGCCCAGACCCCAAAAUCUGUUAUGUGUGCAAGAAGAGUUUCAAAAGCUCCUACAGCGUGAAGCUUCACUACAGAAACGUUCACUUAAAAGAGAUGCACGUCUGCACAGUGGCUGGCUGCAAUGCUGCCUUCCCCUCGCGCCGAAGCAGAGACAGACACAGUGCCAACAUAAAUCUGCAUCGUAAACUGUUGACCAAAGAACUCGAUGACAUGGGCCUGGACUCGUCGCAGCCUUCCCUUAGCAAGGACCUCCGGGAUGAAUUUUUAGUGAAGAUCUAUGGUGCCCAGCACCCCUUGGGGCUCGAUGUCAGGGAAGAUGCCUCCUCUCCCGCUGGGACUGAAGACUCCCACCUUAACGGGUAUGGGAGAAGCAUGGCCGAGGACUACAUGGUCCUUGAUCUGAGCACCACCUCCAGCCUCCAGUCCAGCAGCAGCAUCCAUUCCUCCAGAGAAUCCGAUGCAGGCAGCGAUGAGGGGAUUCUUCUCGACGACAUUGAUGGGGCGAGUGACAGUGGGGAGUCUGCACACAAGGCUGAGGCCCCCACCCUCCCUGGGAGUCUAGGGGCUGAAGUUUCAGGAUCUCUUAUGUUCAGCAGCUUGUCUGGGAGCAAUGGUGGGAUCAUGUGCAACAUUUGCCACAAAAUGUACAGCAACAAGGGGACACUGAGGGUGCACUACAAAACUGUGCAUUUGCGAGAGAUGCACAAGUGCAAAGUCCCUGGUUGCAAUAUGAUGUUUUCCUCUGUGCGAAGCCGAAACCGGCACAGUCAGAACCCUAAUCUCCACAAAAACAUUCCCUUCACUUCAAUAGAUUAGUCCCAGAACGGACACUACAAAUGCCAGCUCUCACCAGAUGGCCUACAUCUUUGAACUGCCAUAGUCAGUGUGCGCUUACCUACGUGGCGGGGGUGUAUAUGUGUGUGCACAUGUGUAUGCCUCUGUGUCUACAUACACACACAUACGCACAUUUUCUUUUCUUUAGAUAAAAAGAUAAACACUAGGUGCUUUUGAAUUUUUUUCUUUUUCCUUUAUAGUUUUGGGAAAGGGAUGCGAUCUUUAAUUCGGGGGUGAAAACAGAGUGCCCCUUUAAACACAUACACACACACACACACAGAGCGUGCAACUAGCCCCAAUUUUGAUAGAAUAAUUUUUGGUCUUCUCCAAAGAGACAAUUUGUUGUACCCAUGACUGUUGCCUGCAAAAAAAUAAAAGGGAAAAAAGAAAAAAGAAACAAAAAGGAACUUCUUAUAGUUGUCUUUUGUGAACUUUAAGGUUUUGAGAGAAUCUUCAAUUAAAGCAUGGCAGAUUCACCUGUAAAUAUUUAGCCUUGAGAGGCCAAUAAUGU